GUCUCUCCAGCGGCGGCGGCAGCAGCGAGACAUGGCCGACAGGAGCUGAUCCCGCUCCGAUCCUGCCCCGGCUCCCGGCCCUCGCCAAGGACCGUGGGUGGCAGCAGCAGCAGAAGUGACCCCCAGGCCCCCGCCCGGCCUCCCCGCCCCCACAGGCAUGCCUUGUGGGUCUGGGCAGCUCCCAUGGCUUUCCUGUCCAGGUUCUACAGGAACAGCAGCCGGUCCCCGAGCCGGGCCCCGCGGGACGAGCGCGGCACCCACCCCAUCCUCAGCGUCUUCGAGCUGGAGCGGCUGCUCUACACCGGCAAAACCGCCUGCAACCACGCCGACGAGGUGUGGCCAGGCCUCUACCUGGGAGACCAAGACAUGGCGUCCAACCGGCGGGAGCUGCUGCAGCUGCGCAUCACCCACGUGCUGAACGCCUCCCACUGCCGCUGGCGCGGCGGCGCCGACCUCUACGAGGGCACGGGCAUCCGUUACCUGGGCAUCGAGGCCCACGACUCGCCCUCCUUCGACAUGAGCCCCUACUUCUACCCCGCCGCUGACUUCAUCCACCAGGCUCUCAAUGAAGGGAGGAUCCUGGUGCACUGUGCUGUCGGGGUCAGCAGGUCGGCCACCUUGGUCCUCGCCUACCUCAUGAUCCGCCACCACAUGCCCCUGGUGGAAGCCAUAAAGACGGUCAAGGACCACCGCGGGAUCAUCCCCAACCGCGGCUUCCUGCGCCAGCUGGUGGCCCUGGACAACGCCCUGCGGCUCAAGAGGAGCUCCUGAGGGCACCGUGGGAGCCCUGCCC